AUGUUUGGCAGUAUGACCUUUUGCCAGGAGUAUGAUUGUCUUUGGGUGGAACAGGUAUUCUACCUCUCAUCGUCAAUCACGGAAUCUCUGAACACCGACACGAUCCGGCUGGCCGGCCACUCAGACUUGGACGCCAUCGUCGCCGUCGCCAUCGCCGCGCUACCCGCAGACCCGGUCAACCCGUACCGGUAUCCGCGCUGGCAGGAAUUUCCUGAGGACUACGCCAAGUUCACCCGCAUCCGGUAUGCUGGGUGGUUGGCAGAACCGAACAACGUGGUUAUGGUCUGCGAAGUGCCAGGUUCGGACCUCGGCAACACGCCAGAUGCGCAGGAAAGGGAGACGGCAGGUCUUGGAACCGUGGAGAAAGGCGACAGAAGGAUCGUAGGAUUCAGCAUAUGGGAGCUCCCACCAUCACAAAGAGUCGCUGCCCAGGAUGAACGAGCAGACAGAGAUCCAAGCUCAGUGACUACCGAAAACGCGCUGGGACGCCUUUCUCCUGCAUUAAACUCUUCGAUUCAGGCAAAGGGUGUACAGGCACCCUCGAAGGAGAGGCCAGAUGCCAACCCUGCCCGCGUCGCCAAGUACACGGAAGAAUUCUUGAAGGCUAAACAUCGCUUUUUUGAAGAGCCGUUCGGCGAUAAGAACUUGUACCUGAGUAUUUUGGCAUGCCACCCCGCCUAUCAUCGACGCGGGAUAGGGAAGCAGCUCGUGCGCUGGGGUCUGGAGAAGGCGAGGCGCGAAGGGCUGGACCUGACGGUAUUCGGGAGCCCAAUGGGCUCGCUGUUGUAUCGCAACGUUGGGUUCCGGGAAGUUGGCAAGUUUCGAGUGCAGGUUGAUGGGGAGGAAGAGUACCUCGACACAUUGGCGAUGGUCUUGGAGAACAAGGACAUCGCUUGA